GGGAGGAGGCCCCGCCCACCUGGGGCAGGGGUCGGGCUGUGAUUGGCUAAGGGGCGGUGGCUCGGCCCCGCCCCCUCUCCGGCCCGCAGAGCGCAGCAGGUUGGUGGGAGAGGCGAGGCGCGGACGGGCGCGAGGCGAGCAGCGGAGCCGCCGCGGAGCGCAGGGUGAGGGGGGCAGCGGCCAACGGAGGCGGCAGAGUCAUGCUUGCCAACUCGGCCACGAUGCGGAUCCUCAUCAAGGGGGGGAAGGUGGUGAAUGACGACUGCACCCUGGAGGCUGAUGUCUACAUUGAGAAUGGCAUCAUCCAGCAAGUGGGCCGGGAGCUCAUGAUCCCGGGAGGGGCCAAGGUGAUCGACGCCACUGGGAAGCUGGUGAUCCCGGGCGGCAUCGACACCAGCACUCACUUCCACCAGACCUUCAUGAACGCCACCUGCGUGGACGACUUCUAUCACGGCACCAAGGCUGCUCUGGUCGGAGGGACGACCAUGGUCAUCGGCCACGUGCUGCCCGACAGGGAGACCUCCCUCCUGGAUGCCUACGAGAAGUGCCGGAGCCUGGCCGACCCCAAGGUCUGCUGUGACUACGCCCUGCACAUGGGCAUCACCUGGUGGGCCCCCAAGGUGAAGUCGGAGAUGGAGAGCCUGGUGCGGGAGAAGGGGGUGAACUCCUUCCAGAUGUUCAUGACCUACAAGGACGUGUACAUGCUGCGGGACAGCGAGCUCUACCAAGUCUUCCUCGCCUGCAAGGACAUUGGCGCCAUCGCCCGGGUGCACGCUGAGAACGGGGAGCUAGUGGCAGAGGGUGCGAAGGAGGCGCUGGAUUUGGGCAUCACGGGACCAGAGGGAAUUGAGAUCAGCCGACCGGAGGAGCUGGAGGCUGAAGCCACGCACCGUGUGAUCACCAUCGCCAACCGGACUCACUGCCCCGUCUACCUGGUCAACGUGUCCAGCGUGUCUGCCGGCGACGUCGUGGCUGCUGCUAAGAUGCAAGGGAAGGUGGUGUAUGCAGAGACCACCACGGCGCACGCCACGCUGACGGGCCUGCACUAUUAUCACCAGGACUGGUCCCACGCCGCCGCCUACGUCACCGUGCCGCCCCUGCGGCUGGACACCAACACCUCCACCUACCUCAUGAGCCUGCUAGCCAACGACACCCUGAAUGUCGUGGCUUCGGACCACCGGCCCUUCACCAGCAAGCAGAAAGCCAUGGGCAAGGAGGACUUCACCAAGAUCCCGCACGGCGUGAGCGGCGUGCAAGACCGCAUGAGCGUCAUCUGGGAGCGGGGUGUGGUCGGGGGGAAGAUGGACGAGAACCGCUUUGUAGCCGUGACCAGCUCGAACGCAGCCAAGAUCCUCAACCUGUACCCACGGAAGGGCCGCAUCAUCCCCGGGGCCGACGCAGACAUUGUGGUGUGGGACCCUGAAGCCACCAGGACCAUCUCUGCCAGCACCCAGGUGCAGGGGGGAGACAUCAGCCUGUACGAGAACAUGCGCUGCCACGGGGUGCCGCUGGUCACCAUCAGCCGCGGGCGCGUGGUCUACGAGAACGGCGUCUUCAUGUGUGCUGAGGGCACCGGCAAGUUCUGCCCGCUCCGCUCCUUCCCCGACUCCGUCUACAAGAAGCUUGUCCAGCGAGAGAAGAGUUUAAAGCUUAGGGGCGUGGAGCGCACCCCCUACCUGGGGGACGUGGCUGUGGUUGUGCAUGCUGGGAAAAAGGAGACGGGGACUCCACUUGCAGAUACCCCCACCCGACCUGCCACUCGACACGGGGGCAUGAGGGACCUUCACGAGUCCGGCUUCAGCCUAUCCGGUUCUCAGAUCGAUGACCACGUUCCAAAGCGAGCUUCGGCCCGGAUUCUCGCUCCCCCCGGAGGCAGGUCUAGCGGCAUUUGGUAAAACCAGCGACCUGUCCCCAAACUAAGGACGCAGCAGCAGCACCCCACUCCUCCUGCCGGCCCCGCCCCCACCGGAAGACCUGGCCGUGCCGCCUCCACGCCCACCCCCUGGGCACCGAGACACCACAGUGCUGUCCAGCAGGGCUGUUUGCCAUCCAGUCCCGCCAGGGAGGAGGCUGCGGGCCGUGCCCUCCUGCGGGUGGGGCAUGGCAGGGGCUGCCCUCAAUUUGUGGCCAUGCACCCGCGCUCGACUGCAGCUCCUUUCUGUGGGAUAACGUUUGCUUUGCAGGCUGCGCAGCUGGGCUCCUGGGCCCACGGCGUGCAGCGUGGGGCAGGUGGGGCGCUGGUGCGGGCCGGGCCAGGCAGGGGGAGGGAGGGAGGGCGGCCUCUACGUUCCCUUUUCUGUUUGCACGUUGGAUUUGGAUCAGUGAGUUUUGACUUGUUUGUGCAUCACGUGAAAAUAAUCCCAGGUGGUUUGUGUCAUUAGCGUUAGGGGAGAAGCGGGAGAAGGGCCAGGCCCCACGGCAGGAAGGGGGCGCAGGACCUCCCCCAUCAGGCUGCUGAUUCCGUGCUAUGGACAGCAGGCUCAGCAAGGAGGGUGAGGCCCCCCCCGGUACGCAUGGUGCAAGGGCCCCCGACUAUGGCCAGAUGUGCUACCCCCCUGCCCCCGACACACACACAGAUUCCCCCUCCAUCCCUGUGUGGGGAUGUGCUACACGCGCACGCACACACACCCGGUGGGGGUGGGGGGGUCAGGACUCCUGGGUUCUAUCCCAGCUCUUGCCAGCACCCCGUGGCUGGGCUCCAUUCGAUGGGUGAUGGACCGAGCCCCCUUGGGAAGCAUCGAGUUCCUGAACGGGUAUGUCCCUUCCCCUUCCUUGCAGGUGGUUGCCGUGGGAACGAGCCCAAUGAACCUACCUCCCAGUUGAGCCAGGUUCAAGAGUUUGAAAAAUCCCAGCUUCCCUGAGCCUGAUGUGUCUCCCCCUCCCCCCUCCGGCAGUGCCAGUGGGCUGGCCCUGUUCCCCCUCCCCCCUCCGGCAGUGCCAGUGGGCUGGCCCUGUUCCCCCGCCCCCUCCGGCAGUGCCAGUGGGCUGGCCCUGUUCCCCCUCCCCCUCCGGCAGUGCCAGUGGGCUGGCCUAACUCCCCCUCCCCCGGCAGUGCCAGUGGACUGGCCCUGUUCCCACCCUCCCUGUAGCAGUGUCAUUGGGCUGCUCCAUCAGCUGGGGCACCAUGGUGGGAGGGGGCACCCCCUGCGCCCCAGAGACCUGCUAGUGGGGCCGCUCGCAGUGAAAUCAGACUGGCCCUGAGCCCCAGCUGGGGGGGAUGGGAUGCUCCUGAGCCAACCCUGCCUUCUCCCAGCCCCAGGGGAGCCCCUUGCUAGCCCUGCAGGGUCAGCUCUGGGAUCCCCCUCGGGGCACGUGAGAGCCGGCACCCCAGGGUGCAGCCAGUCCCUGCCUCGAGGCUCUAACAGCCCAAGAGCCAGGGAGAUUUCUGGUGCCAGAGGCCGGCUGUUGGGAGGUGGGGGCAUCUCUGGUGCCAGAGGCCAGUUGUUGAGGGCUAGGGGAUCCCCUGGUGCCAGUGGCUGGCUGUUGGGGCAUGGGGGGCCCCUGGAGCCAGAGGAUGGCCAUUGAGGGUGGGGGCCCCCUCAAGCCAGAGGAUGGCUGUUGGGGGCUGGGGGUAUCCCUUGAGCCAGGGGCCGGCUCUUGGGAGGUGGGAGAUCCUCGGGAGCCAGAGACUGGCUGUUGAGAUGGAGGGUGUCCCUGGAGCCAGAGGCCGUCUGUUGUGGGGUGGGGGUCCCCUGGAGCCAGAGGAUGGCUGUUGAGGGUGAGGGUCUUGGGAGGGGGAGAUCCCGUGGAGCCAGAGGCCGGCCGUUAGGGGAUGGGGGGUCCCCCUGAGCCCAUUGUUCUUUUUCCAACCCUGUGACAUCCUUGCUGUCUGAACCUGCCACAGCCUCCAGGAGACCCUGGCCCCCCAGCCACUGUGCCGCUGAUACGCAGGCCCUAUGAGUCCCCCCAUAUCUUCUGCCUGGCUGCCAUCUCUCCCUGAGGUCAGGGCCAGCCACUGGGACGUCCUCCUGGCUGCAGUGGCCACCUUCCCUUUGCAGAGCCCCAGGAGCAGCUGAGGCCCAGUGGCUGAGAUGAGCAGGGUCUCUGCCUGGAUGGCUGCCGCUCUGGGGGCUCAGGGCUUGGCAGGAGUGACUCCUCCUGGUCUGGCUGCUCGCGGGUCAGAGCUCAGCCCUGCAUGCUGGGCAGAGGCUGUGCCAGGCGGUCAUGGACUGGGGCGUCCGGACACCACAGUGAACCCCAACUCGUCCAUCAGUGGGAGCAGCAAGGAAUCCAGCUCCCGAGCGUAUGCCGGCCACGGGAGUCCCAGCCACGAGCCACGCCUCUCACAUAAUGGUGCUAAACCGUGUUGGCCGCGAGGCUGCACACUCCUGUGCUUUAACCGUCUGCAUCUGGCAGAACAAGAACAAGCAGCAGCCCUGAGCCCGGGGGCCCAGGGCCGGUUCUCAGUGGACUCGAGCGACUUCUCCUGUGUUUCUCCUCCAUGUUCCUUUGGGGUAGCGUGAAAUGUGAAAUGUAACUUGUGCACUUUUUCCACUAGCUGGUACCUGUAGGUGUGGGAGCAGCCAGGCGGGGGCGCUGGCUCCCGGGCGCAG